GCUACCUCAACUACAGUCGAACGUAUAUUUUCGCUAGGCCGGCACCUUCUACACUUUACUCGAAACCGCUUGUCUCCAUCAUCAACCCGUGCAUUCCUCUGUCUUGGCUCAUGGCUCUGCUGUGAUCUGGUAGCACCCGGGGACCUUACUGAGAUCAUGAAGGCUCUAAAGAAAAGA